UUAAGAUAUUUCAAGUUGUUAGUAGCAAGAUUCGGACAUGUACAGCAACGUUAAUAACAAAAGUUCAACAGUUAUUUACAAAAUAACUUUGCGAACAAUGCGUCUACUAAUGUAUAUGAUCGGCGCUAUUCCAUAUGAGUUUCAUCAUGAGCAAAACAUCUCCCGGAUUGUGCUAAUAUGGAGACUUAUACACUUUACGAUGGUGGUUAGCUUUUUGAUAUGGAUUUCAAUUUUACGCUUUUUGCGAUUUCACGAGGUUUUGUACAAGCAAAACGAUAUGUUUUCAAAUAGCAUGGACAUGAUAAGCUAUUCCACGCUAAUUAUAGUACAAUUGAUUGUCUAUUGGGAAAAUACAUGGAAAGCCUAUCGAUAUAAAGAAAUAUUUGAUAAUUUCGAAUUAAUACGCAAUAAAUUUAAGAGUGAACUUAGAAGUCUCAUCGAUAUAGGUCGCAUACGUUUAUAUGCCAUGCUGUUGUAUACUCUACUGGCGGUAUAUAUGAUUAUCGUAUUCUUCAUUAUUUUCAUACGUUAUGUAAAAUCGUUAAAUGGAUUUCGUUUGAUACUCCUGCAAUAUGGUGAUACAAUAAUAAAGUUAAAAUUAAUCGAAUUCACAAUAUUCGCCGGAAUAGUUAUGGCCUUUCAAAUGGAAUUAAAUAACUAUCUGUUACGCUAUAUGAACGAAAUACGAAAAAGUCAAUUCUAUGAGCGGCCUGCAAAGGAAAAAGUCUUUGAAAAGUUUUAUAUUUUACAAGAUAUACAUAAUAUUUUAGUGGUGAAUGUACGCCACAUUGAGGACUAUUGCUGUUGGAGUCUACCCGGCAUAAUGUUGAAAAUGUUUUUCGAAUUUACGAUAACUGCUUAUUGGAUUUAUUUCAGUCUCGAUUACAAAAUUCCUGCAGUGUUUCAAUCUUAUGGUUAUAGCGUAACUAUUUUAAACUUGAUCAUAUUAUCUGUUAGCUGCAGCAUUUGUGCGAAAUGUGAAAUUUUAGAUAAACAAUUGGCGAAUAUGGUUCAUAUGAUAAAACACGAACGCUUUGAUCCGUUUUUAAAUGCUUGUUUAAACGAAAUAUCAUUGCAAUUGUUGCAUCAAAAACUCUACUUUACUGCUGGUGGAUUCGUUGAUGUGAAUUAUAUAUUUUUGGGAAAGUAUAUAUUUUCAGCUGUUUGUUACAUAGUAAUUUUAAUCCAAUUUCACAUGUCCGUAUAAUAAUAUAAAGGAAAAACAAAACAUUUUCAAUAUCAAGUAUGUAGUAGUUGAAUUUUUAUUACACAUAG